CAGUCAAUCUUUUUUCUACCAGCAUCUGAUUUCUUGCCAUUGUGCUCAGGUUUCGUGCAAUAGAACCCGCGGUCUUCUUGUACCAGAUGGCCAUCUUUGCCGUCACCACUUGGGCUUCGUUCUUUUUACUAAUAGCCUGUGUUCAGACCUAUCCGGCAGACCGAACACAAGCACCCAUCAUUCAGCAACACUCCCAAGGCUACGAGUUCGAUCCUUUGUUGCAUCUUCCUGGCAUCUCACCCUACUUCGAUGCUGUUGGCUUCGGUCUCGAGCACACUGCACCACCGGGCUGCACGGUCACGGCUGCAUCCUACCUGAUCCGACACGGUGCCAUCUACAGCAAUGACGCCGAGUAUGAGAAGUACAUCAAGCCUUUCUUAUGGAAGCUAGAAAAACAGCGUGAUGGAUGGUCAGGACCCCUAGAGUUCAUGUCGCAAUGGGUUUCGCCUAUACUUGAGGAUAGACUUGAAGAACUCACCCCUUCUGGGGCACGAGAUGCUCAAAAAGUUGGUGAUCAUCUUCGAAAACGUUAUCCUGAACUUGUAGACACGGUGCGAACGGUCCUUACCGACAAGAAGUCCCGUACCUAUGAUACUGCAAAAGCAUUGAUCAAAGGAUUCCCACAUCCCGAAGAUAUCGAGGUUCUUCGCCUCAGGCAUAAUCACAAUGGAAGUUUGGACUCUUUGGUUCCUCAUAAGACCUGCGCUGCUUUCACCAAAGAUCCUGGCACCGAUGAGAUGGCCCAAUUUGUCCACCACUAUGCUCGCCAUGUCGCUGAGCGGCUAGCUCCCUACACUCCAUUUGAAUUGAGCGAUACCGAUAUCAUUGGUCUCCAAGGAAUAUGCGGCUACGAAUCCGCCACCAAUGGCAAACGAAGCCCGUUGUGCGAGGUCUUCACCGAUGCAGAAUGGAUGGCAUACGAAUACGCCUGGGACCUUAAAUACGCCCAUAUGGUCGGACCACUAAACCAUCUGUCGCCUUAUCUGGGCUUUCCAUGGUUGAAAGCGCAGAGUGAGCUUUUUCAGCAGAUUGACACGACACCGGACGAUGUGACCGCGUCGAACGCUGGCCCUGGUUGGCCCGAAGGCCAGCGCUUCUUCCUGAGUUUCACACACCGCGAAGUCCCACCAUUCGUUGCAACGGCCAUUGGCAUUUUCAAUUCGUCCAACUCGGCGGUGGAAGAGUUUCCAACGGAUCGUAUCAACUGGGUGCGAUCCUGGAAGAUGAGUGACCUGAUUCCCUUUCUAGGCCACGUGGGUAUGGAGCAAAUGAGCUGCGAAGACCUACCUGGCAGGGAGGGAAAAUACAUUCGUUUCAUUGCCAACACAGCACCUCGUCCAAUACCUAACUGCCAAGAUGGACCAGGAGCGUCUUGCCCUUUAGAAGACUGGGUCGACAUCGUUGCGCAGGGAGCUGAAAAGUACAAAGGAUGGGACGAAGUAUGUGCGAAAGAAUGAAGAAGUGGUCGAUGAGAAUAUUUGACCUCCUUUUUCUCUCUUGCGAUUGAGCUAUUCAGACAGUCCUGAACCGAUCCGUAACUCGCGCGCCGCAGAGCUGAGCGGCCCGCAUUCGAGACUGCACUUGCACAUAUUGAUAGCCGCCUCGUCCGAGCUGCGACGGCAGAUACGUGGCUGAAACAGCCUGGCUCCCUCUACGGUACAUUCGAAAAGUUUUCGGCUCGCG